GGCCGGGGCCGGGCGGGCGGAGGCAGCAGCGGGCACUGCGGGACGGCCCGGGCGGGGGUAGCGCAGCCGAGAUGCCGGGCCCGGGCGGGGACUCCAAAGGGGAGGAUUACUCCACGGCCAUCCUACGCCAGAAGCGUCGGCCCAACCGGCUCCUUGUGGAUGAUGCCGUGAAUGAGGACAACAGCAUUGUCAGCCUGUCACAGACCAAGAUGGAGGAGCUGCACUUGUUCCGGGGUGACACGGUGCUGCUGAAGGGCAAGAAGCGCCGGGAGACGGUCUGCAUCGUCCUCACCGACGACUCCUGCCACAGCGAGAAGAUCCGCAUGAACCGCGUCACCCGCAACAACCUCCGCGUGCGCUUGGGCGACGUGGUGAGCAUCCAGGCCUGCCCGGAUGUGAAGUACGGGAAGCGGAUCCACGUGCUGCCCAUUGACGACACCAUCGUCGGCCUGACCGGGAACCUCUUUGACGUGUACCUGAAGCCCUACUUUCUGGAGGCCUAUCGGCCUGUGCACAAAGGUGACAUCUUCCUGGUGCGCGGCGGGAUGCGGGCCGUGGAGUUCAAGGUGGUGGAAGUGGAUCCGAGCCCCCACUGCAUCGUGGCCCCCGACACCGUCAUCCACUGCGAGGGUGAGCCCAUCAAGAGAGAGGACGAGGAGGAAAGCCUGAACGACGUGGGCUAUGACGACAUCGGGGGCUGCCGGAAGCAGAUGGCGCAGAUCAAGGAGAUGGUGGAGCUGCCCCUGCGCCACCCAGGGCUCUUCAAAGCCAUCGGUGUCAAGCCGCCCCGAGGCAUCCUGCUGUAUGGUCCCCCCGGCACCGGGAAAACGCUGGUGGCCCGAGCUGUGGCCAACGAAACAGGAGCCUUCUUCUUCCUCAUCAAUGGUCCGGAGAUCAUGAGCAAGCUGGCGGGCGAGUCAGAGAGCAACCUGCGCAAAGCCUUUGAGGAGGCUGAGAAGAACGCGCCGGCCAUCAUCUUCAUCGACGAGCUGGACGCCAUUGCCCCCAAGAGGGAGAAGACACACGGCGAGGUAGAGCGCAGGAUCGUGUCCCAGCUGCUGACGCUCAUGGACGGCCUGAAGCAGCGCUCCCAUGUCAUCGUCAUGGCCGCCACCAACCGGCCCAACAGUGUCGACCCCGCCCUGCGCAGGUUUGGGCGCUUUGACCGUGAGAUCGACAUCGGGAUCCCGGACUCGGUCGGGCGGCUGGAGAUCCUGCAGAUCCACACCAAGAACAUGAAGCUGGCCGAGGACGUGGAUCUGGAACGGGUGGCCAGAGAGACGCACGGGCACGUGGGCGCGGACCUGGCGGCCCUGUGCUCCGAGGCGGCGCUCCAGGCCAUCCGCAAGAAGAUGAACAUCAUCGACCUGGAGGACGACACCAUCGACGCCGACAUCCUCGAUGCCAUGGCCGUCACCAUGGACGACUUCCAGUGGGCUCUCAGCCAGAGCAACCCGUCGGCGCUGCGGGAGACGGUGGUGGAGGUGCCCCAGGUCUGCUGGGAAGACAUCGGGGGGCUGCAGGAGGUGAAGCGAGAGCUACAGGAGCUGGUGCAGUUCCCGGUGGAGUACCCGGACAAGUUCCUGAAGUUCGGCAUGACGCCGUCCCGGGGCGUGCUGUUCUACGGGCCGCCCGGCUGUGGCAAGACCCUGCUGGCCAAGGCCAUCGCCAACGAGUGCCAGGCCAACUUCGUCUCCAUCAAGGGCCCCGAGCUGCUCACCAUGUGGUUCGGGGAGUCCGAGGCCAACGUGCGCGACGUCUUUGACAAGGCUCGCCAGGCCGCCCCCUGCAUCCUGUUCUUCGACGAGCUGGACUCCAUUGCCAAGGCGCGGGGUGGCGGUGCGGGGGACGGCGGGGGGGCGGCCGACCGCGUCAUCAACCAGAUCCUCACUGAGAUGGACGGCAUGACCAACAAGAAAACCGUCUUCAUCAUCGGGGCCACCAACAGGCCAGACAUCAUCGACCCAGCCAUCCUGCGCCCCGGGCGGCUGGACCAGCUCAUCUACAUCCCGCUGCCUGACGACACCUCCCGCGCGGCAAUCCUGAGCGCCAACCUGCGCAAGUCGCCCGUGGCCCGGGAUGUGGACCUGAACUACCUGGCCAAGAUCACCCACGGGUUCUCGGGCGCUGACCUCACUGAGAUCUGCCAGCGCGCCUGCAAGCUUGCCAUCCGCGAGGCCAUCGAGAUGGAGAUCAAGAUGGAGCGGGAACGCCAGAGCCACCCGGAUGCCGUCAUGGACGACGACUACGACCCAGUGCCCGAGAUCCGGCGGGAUCACUUCGAAGAGGCUAUGCGCUUCGCCCGCCGCUCCGUCAGCGACAACGACAUCCGCAAAUACGAGAUGUUCGCCCAGACGCUGCAGCAGAGCCGCGGCUUCGGCAACUUCAGGUUCCCAGCUGGGAAGCAGAGCGGGGACGGAGGGGCCGACGGCGCAGGUGGCUCCCGGGAGGGCGACGACGGCCGGGGCAGCCUCUUCCAGGAGGAGGGGGACGACGACCUCUACAACUGAUGGGCGGGAUCACUGGCCCCACCCCCUGCCCCAAAGCAUCAGCUCCGCCCCUUGUGCCAGACAGACCCGCCCCUCGCACCAGGGCAUCUUGUACCGAAGCCUCAGGUCUGCCCCUUGCACCAGAAAGCUCUGCCUUCCCAGCCAGACAGGUCCGCCCCCUGCAUCGAAGAGCUCCGCCUUUGCAACCGGAAAGCCCCGUCCCCCUCCGCCCCCCAGAGAGCUCCUCCCAAGCAGGCAGCCCUGCUCCCGGGCCAGCUGCGAUUUCCCGCAUGCCCCACUUGCUCUGGCUUGUGUUCUUUUGUGUGGUAACAAACCCAGGUGUCCCAGCCCCCGCCCCCAGAUCACGGGACCCCGGCGUCCUGUGGACUCCCCUGACUGUGGAGAAAGACCCCCACCUCUGUGUCCCUCACAACAGCCUCCCACUCGGGAUUCCAGCUCCGCCCAGCCAAGUGGCUCCUCCUCCCGGCAGCCGCCCCCAGGCCUGGACGGAUCCUGCGGGCUAUGCCACUGAGUGCGCUAGCCCCCGGGGAGAGACGCCCCCCAGCCAGGUUGGUGCUGUCUUAGCGCCAGCUUUGUUGUUCUGCCUUUCGGCUCAGUGGCCCAGGAGUGGGGGGAGGGAAGAGCAUCACGCCCCCUGAGCCCCACCCUAACACCGGGGGGGGGAGAGCAAGAGAAUCUGGACCCUCGGUUGCCCUGGCAUCUGGGCACCAUCCUGUCUCUGAUGGCAGCCAGACCCCACCCAGCACCUUGCCCCCCUUCCCCCAGAGCUGGCCGACAAACGCAAGGGCCAAAGGGCCCUAGUUUGGGGUGAGAGGAUGUGGGAUGUCCCAGAUCCCCCCUGCAGGAGCCAGCUGCAUGCGUGUGCCCAUCGGGGUCUGUAAAGGCUGGACACUAGUAAAGAUCUGGAUUGUG